AUGCUACAGCGAAGCCCUACCACCAUACUCAUCGUAACCAUCCUUUCUGUUGUCUAUACGACGGACACCGCUCCCAGUCAUACCCCCACUCCUUCCACAACUUCGACGUUCCCCAAUUUUAAAGUUGUCUAUGAAUCCCCCAGCUCAGUGUGCUAUGCUGAUAAUCGGGCAUACUUGUGCACCCCUCCCUUCACCAAUAUUGCAGAAGGUGUCCCAGUGGUUGCUACCUCGACUUGUGGACAAGGUGGGCGUCCUGAAAAGAUUUGUCAAAAUUUAGCUGAUGGCCAACAGAGACACGGUCCAUGUGAAAUUUGUGACGCGAGAAAAAGCGCCACUAGUCGAGGACCUGAGCGGCUGACAGACAGGCACAUCACCUCAAAUCAGACUUGUUGGGUCUCGGGACGUGUACCUCCAAGUGGAACUGUGAACCUUACUCUCUCCCUGGGAAAACGGUUCGAAAUCUUCUACAUCUCCUUGCAACCCUGUGGUCCCCUCCCUGACUCGAUUGCGCUCUACAAAUCGUCAGAUUUUGGAAGAACUUGGAAACCCUGGCAGUAUUUCUCAACCGAUUGUUAUCGAGCCUUCGGACUGCCCACAAGUAGUGAGCACAGUGCACAAAUCUCUUCAGCAAAUAUUCAAGAAGUACUCUGUGUUGCCUUGAAGCCUCCUUCCAAGUAUAACUCCCAGGGUGGACAAAUUUCCAACGUAAUCGCUUUCAGUACUACCAUCGGUAGAUCUACUCUUCAAUCCUGGAGUCCUGCUCUCAUUGACUGGAUGACAAUGACAGAUCUUCAGAUUAGCUUGUCUCGUUUUCCAUCGAAGAAAAAGAGCGGAGGUAGUGCGGAAGGCGAAAAGACUUCCACAGAUUCUUCUGCUAUAUUAAACAGACGAGAUCGCAGUAGUAGCCAGCGAAGAGUUUCUCAAAAGCCUCCAGUCUUCAGACUUGGUGGCGGUGGAGUGAGCAUCAAUGGACGACUCUAUGAUAGAAUGCUAUCCGAUGGGGAUGCCUUUAAUUCUUCUUCAAAGUUGAGUCACGAGAAGUUAGGAGAAGAGACUGUAAAUGAAGAUGGUGACAGAGAAGCUGUCUACUUCGCAUUCUCGGAUAUUACAGUCGGGGGGAGAUGCAAAUGUAAUGGCCAUGCAAAUCGAUGCAUUAGGGACCGCAUAGUGAAGACGGAUGUCAACGGUGAGGAGGUGGUCACCUGGGGGCCCCUUCGCUGUGACUGUCAACACAAUACCGUCGGUGCUGACUGCGAACGAUGUGCUCCCGGAUAUCUUGAUCGACCGUGGGCCAGAGCUACUAAUGAGGAUGCGAAUGUCUGCAAGGGUAAGAGUAGACCUUUCUACUUUUUGCUUAAUAUUGCAUCUUUUUAUUUCUCAGAAAAAGAGUGA